AUGACUACACUGGAGGUCCGCCACAGACAAAGAAACCUGCGCAUCAGGGACAUCCAUGAAAUGGUUGAAAAUGCAGGGCUCCUACGGUGUGUUUACGAUAUGCUGAUUUCCAUGGGCAUUGACAGCAGUGGAGGCUCCCCACCGAUCACCUUGGCGUUCCGUGUGCGGAAAUCAGCUGCGGCACCAAGCGAAGCACCCAGGGACAUUAUAGAGGUGACCAGGGAUGUGUCAGUGAGGUCUGAUAUUAUGACACGAUCUCCAGAGAGAUGGAGUCAAUACCUUAUGAAGGCAACAGAGUGGAUAUAUGCCGAUGUCCCAUUCUCGGUCCUAACAGAAAGGAAAAUGUUGGCACCAAUAGCCAAAAGACUGUGA